AUAAAAUCUAAGUAUAUAUUUCUAUUAAAUCUAAAGAAAAUCUGAUCCAGCGAUGCAAUAAUUACUGGGGAGGAGAGCAAACAGCUUAAAAAGGGUGUUGGAGAUCUCUGAGAGGAUCAACAGUUGCUGUGUUUUUCUGAAAGUUUUGCAGUAAGAGAAAGCUUGGGAUUCGCAAAGAAAGCAAAGCAAAGCUCUGCAGAUCAAAUCUCUCGCAAUUCUCUAACACACACAUAUCACAAGGAAGGAGAUCGAAGAGAAGAGUAUGGGGAGCAGUUAUUUUGGAGAGCCAAACUUGGGAAAUGAAAGAGGUGGGUCUUCAAGAAAAGGAAAGAAGAGUAACUCGGACAAGCCUAAGCAACCACAGAGAGGCCUUGGCGUUGCACAAUUGGAGAAGAUCAGAUUACAUGGCCAAAUGGGUUCUGGCUUCCAUCCCUCUCUUCAUGGCUCCUACGCUUCUAAUUUCAACCAGGAGGAUAUCAGAAUGCAAUCAGCUUAUUCGUCCGUACCAUCAUCUUCUUUCUCUUAUUCUUCAUCUUCUGCAGCUUCCUAUGGUUACCCUAACAUCAUGAUGGGGCUAGGUGACCAUUAUGAAAGAUCAAACAUAAGAUAUGGUGAUUCCCAACCUUCCACUGGAGCCAGCUGGCAUCCUGGAAACAAUUUCUAUGAGGCUCCACAUUUUGCACAGGGAGGCUCAACUAGACACCUUUUGAAUCUACAAGUUGAGGAUCCAAACAAGAGCAAGAAACAUCGGAGUGAUUCAAUGGGUUCGAGCAGUCAGAAUUCUGAAUCAAGUGACAAUCAAGAACCAGAUUUGGAACUCAGAUUGUCCAUUUAAUAAUGGGUCGCUAAUUUCUUCCCAUUAAACGCGCAAGGGUUACAAUGGGAAGUUGGUGAUGAAAGGCUAUGGCAAUGAGCAAAGGUGAUGAACUUAGUUGAAGUUUCAUUUGUAAAAGAUCUUAUGUAAUGAAAGAUAGGUUGACUUUCUGCAUAAGUGGACAGUGAAAUCGAUUCAUGAACCAUGAAAGAAAUGAGAAACUGAUGGUUCUUCUUACAAUUUCUUGCCUCUUCAUUCUCA